AUGUCCCGAACACUUCGUCGUUCCUGUACUGCAUGCUACAAGUACAAGCAUAGCUGCGAUCUGCGCACCCCACGAUGCACGCGCUGCAUUAAGCGCAACGUCCAAUGCGUCUAUGCCAAUCAACCUUUGACAGCGCCGGAAAAUAGCGGAUCGGCCAUAGCGCCGAGUGAAUCCAGCACUUUGGCCAGCUACAGAUUCUCUGGUCUCGACCCUUUCGACUCCUACCCCCAAACGCGAUUACCCCGGGAACGAGUUCAACGUCUGAUCCAUAGUUUUCUGCACAAAAUCGCUUUUCAGUACUAUCCGCUUGAUCUCAACGCCACAACCAAUCCGUUCCUCAUUUCAUGGUGGCCUCUAGCUCUUGGCGAUCCGGCUUUGUUUCAUGUCUCCUUGCAGACAGCGUGUUUGGACGAGGAGCUGCUGGCUCAGAAGGGCUUUCAAGGCUCUGAGAUCCUCAUGACCGAUUCGGUGGCUUUACUGCGUCGCAAGAUCGAGAACCAGUCGCUGGCUGUGCAGGACGGGACUAUGAACUCGGUAAUCACCUUGGCAGCGAUCGAAUUCGGCAAGGGAAACAUCGAUGUUGCUGGGAUGCACGUCAAUGGAGUGAAGAAACUGGUCACCCUGAGAGGCGGCAUCAAUUCAGUGAGACAGACCAGCCCGUUGACUGCUCGAAUGAUCAGCUGGGUCUCGAUGAUUGUCACGGGUCAUCCUCAAUUCGACACCCAGGAUGAUGUUGGCAUCGGAGAUGGCAUACCCCCAAUUCCUGAAUGGCAAUUCAAUUCGUCGAGCGUUCUUUUUAUCGAGGAAAAAGCGAUUGACUUUCUCGGCCUCGUAAAUGACGAUGUCGAGUAUGCAGUUCGGAAUGUCUUCAUCCGUUUGCGCAACGCUUUCCAACGUGCGCAACAUAUACCCAUUCCUCCGACCCACCUUCACGACCUGACAUGUUUUGUCAUUCAUCGACUACUUCUGUCGGCUCCUUUAGAUACUACUGAGAGGAAUCCUGAGGAUUCGCUACCAACCCCAUCCCCCCUCACGGAAUGCGUCCGCUACGCCACCAUCCUCUACAUGUUCAUCAUCCAUGGGCCAACAUAUUACUCACACGCAGUCAUGCUGAACACGAUGGUCACGCGGUUUGUGCAAUAUCUGAAGCAGUCCGAUCUGACGCCCCAUGUACACACCCCACUUGACGUCUGGUUCAUGGCCGUUGGGUUAGUGGCUUCAACUGGGACUAACCCCUCCCAUUACCAAUGGUUCUUGGAGAGAGCCCGUAUGGUCGCUUCAGGUAAUUUACACCUGACGAAUUGGAGCGACGCAAUCAAAAAAGUCAAGAGCGUUCUCUGGCUUGACACAGUCCAGGCGGAUACGAUUUUCCGACCGCAUUGGGAUGCUGUUUUCAGUGAGGCGCCAGAUGUACCAGUGCACAGGUUGGAUCUAGCAGCUUGUGUUUCGUCGAGCAGGGCGCAUGAGGAUUUGAUGACAUAUAAUCAUGUCUGA